GCCGCGCGCUGCUCGCGCCCGCGGAACUGCGGCUGCGGUUCGGAGCGGGUUCGGGGGCUGCUUGGCUUGAGUGAGCUGAAAGGGUUUCCAAGCCGGCUGAUUUGGAGACAUGUCAGCGUCGAUAAAAGAAAGCCUUCAGCUUCAGCUGCUGGAGAUGGAAAUGCUGUUUUCUAUGUUUCCUAAUCAAGGAGAAGUAAAACUUGAAGAUGUAAACGCCCUAACAAACAUAAAGAGGUAUCUGGAAGGCACCAGGGAGGCGCUCCCGCCCAACAUCGAAUUUGUGAUCACGCUCCAAAUUGAGGAGCCCAAGGUGACAAUUGAUUUGCAAGUAACCAUGCCUCACAGCUACCCAUACGUGGCUUUGCAGCUGUUUGGACGGUCACCUGAGCUUGACAGACAACAGCAGCUCCUUCUCAACCAAGGUCUCAGUGCGUACCUCGCGACUUUCGACCCGGGUGAGCUGUGUGUCUGUGCAGCCAUCCAGUGGCUGCAGGACAACAGCGCAUCCUACUUCCUCACCAGAAAGCUGUCGGAUGGGCCGUCCGUACGAGCCAAGCCAGUCAAGAACACAUUCCUCCGCAUGUGGAUCUACAGCCACCACAUUUAUCAGCAGGACCUGAGGAAAAAGAUUUUGGAAGUGGGGAAGAGGUUAGAUGUGACUGGAUUUUGCAUGACAGGAAAGCCUGGUAUAAUCUGUGUGGAGGGCUUCAAGAAUCACUGUGAGGAAUUCUGGCACACAAUCCGAUACCCCAAUUGGAAACACAUUUCCUGCAAGCAUGCAGAAAGUGUGGAGACAGAGGGGGACGGUGAAGACCUGCGCCUCUUCCAUUCUUUUGAAGAAUUACUCCUUGAGGCCCACGGUGACUAUGGGUUGCGGAAUGAUUAUCACAUGAACCUGGGCCAAUUCCUAGAGUUUCUCAGAAAACACAAAAGUGAGCAUGUUUUUCAGAUAUUAUUUGGUAUCGAAAGCAAAAGUUCAGAGUCCUAGAACCCUAUUAAGAUGUCUAUGCUUGCUUGUAACCGCACUAAGUAUUUAUGUUGUUAAGACCAAAAUAAAAAGUUAAUGACCAUAUAGAAUUCUGGGUGAAAAACCUAGCUCUAGAGUUUGCUGACUGCUAAUGCUAACAGACCUUUUAACUUUGUCCCAGUGUAACUGUGAUGUUGUUUCCAGGUUGCUGUGUAAAGUCACACUUGAUCACCAUUUCAUUAUCAAUCAAUAAAAUGAUAUA